AUGAAAUUAUUAGUUUCACUUAUAUUUUUAAUAAUUUCAGUUGUAGUUGAAUCACAAUUCACAUCAACAGGUUUUCCUACUCAAGUUUUAUCUUCAAAUUCACCAUGGAACACACCAAUUGGUAACAACCCAACAGUUGAUCCUUUAUCAAGUUCAACGGUCAAUAGAAUAUAUACUGAAUUGGGUCAAGGAGGACUUUCAACAAAUUUUCAAUUACAUUAUUAUCAAUGGACAGCACCGCUUCAUCUUGUAAAUACAUCUUUACCAGUUAAUAGAAUUAAAAUUUUUCAACCACAAGGUGAAGGAUACCAUGAAACUGUGGAUCCUUUAGGUUUAAAGGUUAUAACCAAUUUACCAGUAUUAACAAGCUUUAAUCCAGACCCAAAACUUGAUGGCCAUAUGAUUGUAUUUGACACAAAUUUAAAAGUUUUCCACGAGUUUUCAAGAUUUAAAUGGGUAAAUUCAACCACUGCAGAGGCCACAAGAUACGAUACUUUUUCCUAUACUCAUAAUGGAACUUAUCCAGCAUUCGUCCCAGGUAGUCGUUGGUGGAUGAAAGGUGUAAGAGGUUCAGGUGCACCAUUUAUUGCUGGUUUAAUUAGAUUUGACGAGAUUCAAAGAGGUGAGCUAAAUCAUGCUAUUGCAUUUGGAGGACCUCUCAACAGACAAAAAUCAUCAGCUUCCAGUCCAUGGUCAUAUGAAUUAUGUAGUCCUGUAUCAAGCCGUACCGAUGGUUAUGUAGUUGGGGACAAUACCAUAAUGGAGGGUCAAAGAAUUCAGUUAAAUCCUUCAUAUAACAUCAACUCCUUACCACCAAAAGCCAAAUUAAUUGCACAAGCUUUACAAACCUAUGGAGGAUACAUGGUUGAUAAUGCAGGUGAUUUUGGUAUUUAUUUUGAAAACCUUGGUGCUUCUGGUUCAAAUCAAUGGGAAUCUCAAUAUGGAACAGAUUUAUCAACCUUAUAUAAUAUUCCAAUAACUCAAUUCCGUGUAUUAUCUUGUUCUAAUAUUAGUACUAAAGUUUAA